GCUGAAGUCACCUGAUUUGAUGUGUCGCUAGUACGGAAAGAUGGCUGCUCAUCUGUCGUAUGGCAGAGUCAAUUUAAAUAUAUUGAGAGAAGCAGCACGAAGAGAGCUUCGAGAGUUUUUGGACAAAUGCGCAGGAAGCAAGGCCAUAGUUUGGGAUGAAUAUCUGACAGGACCCUUUGGGCUGAUAGCUCAGUACUCUCUGUUGAAGGAACAUGAAGUGGAAAAGAUGUUUACCCUCAAGAGUGGCAGGGUCCCCUCUGCUGAUGUCAAAAACGUUAUCUUCUUUGUCCGUCCCAGACUGGAGCUUAUGGACAUCAUUGCUGAGAAUGUAUUCAAUGAGGAUAAACUUCAUUCAUCACGAGAAUUCCACAUUUUGUUUGUGCCUCGGCGGAGCAUGCUGUGUGAACAGCGGCUAAAAGAACAAGGUGUGCUGGGCUCUUUCAUCAACAUUGAUGAAUACAUCCUUGACCUGAUUCCUUUUGAUGGUGACCUGCUUUCCAUGGAGUAUGAGACUGCUUUCAGGGAGUGCUACCUGGAAAAUGACCAAACAAGCCUGUAUCACACAGCAAAAGGCCUCAUGACCUUACAAGCACUUUAUGGUACCAUUCCACAGAUAUACGGGAAAGGAGACUGUGCACGGCAUGUUGCCAACAUGAUGCUGCGGAUGAAGAGGGAGUUCGCCGGCACUCAGAAUCAGAUUCUGCCAGUGUUUGAUACUCUUCUCCUCCUGGACCGUAAUGUUGACAUGCUCACUCCUCUGGCCACACAGCUCACCUAUGAGGGUCUCAUUGACGAGAUCUAUGGAAUAACUAAUGGCUAUGUCAAACUACCUCCUGAGAAGUUUGCACAGAAGAAACAAGGUGAAGCGAGUAAAGAUUUGCCCACAGAGCCCAAAAAGUUGCAGCUAAACUCAGCAGAGGAAUUGUAUGCAGAGAUCCGGGACAAAAAUUUCAAUGCUGUUGGUGCAGCUCUCAGCAAAAAGGCCAAAAUCAUAUCUGCUGCCUUUGAGGAGCGCCACAAUGCUAAAACUGUGGGAGAAAUAAAACAGUUUGUGUCCCAGCUUCCACACAUGCAGGCAGCCCGAAGCUCACUGGCAAACCACACUUCUAUCGCUGAGCUGAUUAAAGACAUAACCACAUCUGAGGCCUUCUUUGAUAACCUAACAGUGGAGCAGGAGUUCAUGACGGGUGUCGACACAGACAAGGUGAAUACAUACAUAGAAGACGCCAUUGCCCAGAAGGAUCCACUGAUCAAGAUUCUACGUUUGGUGUGUAUGCAGUCAGUCUGCAACAGUGGCCUAAAGCAGAAAGUGUUGGACUACUACAAGAGAGAGAUACUCCAGACCUAUGGAUAUGAACACAUACUAACAUUGAACAACCUGGAGAAGGCGGGUCUUUUGAAGCUACAGUCAAGCUCAAGGAAUAACUACCCCACUAUUAGGAAAACCCUUAAACUGUGGAUGGAGGAUGCCAAUGAGCAGAAUCCCAACGACAUCUCGUAUGUGUACAGCGGCUACGCUCCACUCAGCAUCCGACUGACCCAGGUGUUGGCGAGGCCUGGGUGGCGUAGCAUCGAAGAGGUGUUGAAGAUGCUUCCAGGCCCUCACUUUGAGGAGAGACAACAACUUCCAUCUGGACUUCAUAAGAAACGCCAACAGGGAGAAAGCCGGACAACGCUAGUGUUCUUCCUCGGUGGAGUGACAUAUGCAGAAAUAGCCGCCCUCCGUUUCCUCUCUCAAAUGGAAGACAGCGGAAUGGAGUACAUUAUAGCAACUACAAAACUCAUCAAUGGCACAACUUGGAUCAAAUCUCUCAUGGACCGGCCUGAAGCACAGACGAACUGAAUCUCCUGCGUGUACAGCCAACCACAUCAAACAUCCAUCCAUCAGUAAACAUCUUCUGCUCUUUUUAGGUCCACAACAGGGUACUAACUGCAAGUGUGUCAUUGAUGUGUGUUGUGGAGUUUUCCUGUUAAAAGAAAAACAAUCUUUAUGUUUUUGACAAAGCCACAGUAUAUUAAUCUUCAUUCAUAUUCAACAUUCACAGCUUGUAGUAAUAUAUCUCUAUGGUUUUACGAUCUCUUGACAUUUGCUUACUAUAUGCAGUUUAUAGUGUAUUGUACUUUUGCUACAUGCCUACUACUGCUUUACAAUGGUGAUACUGUAUACAUGUCGGAUUCAUUAAAACCUUUGGGAUGUUUCUAAAGGUUUCAUCCACAUAAUAAAAUAUGUGCUUUCAUUUUGUAUUAUAGCAGCUUUUCCAUGCCUUUUUUUUUGUUAUUUUGUGACUUUUGCUGGUGUUGAAAAUGGGUAAAUAAAACUGAAAUCACU